CCUGCAACCUGGUCACAGAGAGGAAGUUUUGCCUGUGCACCCCUUCUCCGAGGAUGAACAGUUCUUGCGAUAUGAAGUCGUGUGUACUCAUCCUUCUCCUGGCCCUACUGUGUGCAGAAAGAGCUCAGGGCUUAAAGUGCUACAGUUGCAUAGAAGUCCCACUUAAUGCUACCUGCUCAACAGCUACCUGCCCCUACUCUGAUGGAGUCUGUGUUUCUCAGGUGGUAGAAGCUAUAAAGGGCUCUGUAAGACGGACAGCGAAGAGCAAUCUCUGCCUUCCCGUCUGCCCUAAGUUUCCUCAAAGAAGCGAGAUCCUGGGUACCGUUGUCUACACGAAGGUUUCCUGUUGCAAUACAGAUCUUUGCAAUGCAGCAGUUCCCACUGGAGGCAGCACCUGGACCAUGGCAGGGGUGCUUCUGUUCAGCCUGGGCUCAGUCCUCCUGCAGACCUUGCUGUGAUGGCCCCUCCAAGGCCCCGCCACCCUUGUCCUUUUAUCCUCAUGUGUAUUCACUCCUCCCUGAAGCCCUCUAGUGAUAAAUUCUGAGUAAUAGAAACUCCGAGGUGGGGGUAGGGUGUGGAACACCUUGUUUCAACUCUAUAGCCCCUGCUGGGUAGGUGCCCCACUCCCCUCUCUAGGGCUUGCAGAUAUGUACUUCCUGGAAUGCCAUUGUGCUGUGGUUUGCUGCUCUUGGCCCUGGAGGCACGUGGACAGCACAGGGAAGAGGCAGAAACCUAAGGCACUGUGCCACCACCUCCAUCCAUACAUAAAAAUCUGGGGUCCUGCAGCGUUCCCACACAAGCCUCUCAAGGUCCCCCUAUUUUAGUCCAAUAAACUCUCUAUUCUCCCAGC